AUGUCUGCUCUGACUAGCCUCAAUAUUACAUCCUCACAUUUCUUCCUCACUGGCUUACCAGGACUCAAACAAUCAUAUGCCUGGAUCUCUCUCCCCUUCUUUUCCAUCUAUACCAUGGUUCUCUUGGGUAAUUGCAUGAUCCUUCAUGUAAUCCGGACUGAACCUAGUCUGCAUGAGCCCAUGUUCUAUUUCCUGGCUAUGCUGGCCCUCACUGAUCUGUGCAUGGGGCUGUCCACUGUGCACACAGUAUUGGGCAUCCUGUGGGGGCUCAUUCAAGAGAUUAGCCUUGAUGCCUGUAUCAUCCAGACCUAUUUCAUCCAUGGGCUGUCUUUCAUGGAGUCAUCCGUACUACUUGCUAUGUCAUUUGACCGCUACAUUGCAAUCUGCAACCCACUGAGGUAUACAACAAUCCUGACCAAUACCAGGAUCAUUCAAAUUGGAGUGGCUGUUUUAGUCAGGAGUUUUCUAUUUAUCACCCCUCCCAUUAUCCGCCUAAAGUUUUUUGAUUACUGCCGCCCCCACAUUCUUUCCCACUCCUUCUGUCUGCACCAGGACCUUCUGCGAUUGGCUUGUUCUGAAGUCCAUUUCAAUAGUUUCUAUGCCCUGGCCCUGGUGAUCUGCACUCUAUUGUUAGACUCUCUGCUAAUCCUUAUCUCUUACAUCCUGAUUCUGCACUCUGUCUUGGCUAUUGCAUCCCGAGAGGAGAGGCUAAAGUCCUUCCAAACCUGUGUCUCCCACAUCUGUGCUGUCCUGGUCUUCUACAUACCUAUCAUUGGUCUGACCAUGGUACACCGCUUUGGGAAGCACCUCUCUCCAGUGGUAUAUGUCCUCAUGGGCAACAUCUACAUUCUCUUCCCACCGCUGAUGAACCCCAUCAUCUAUAGUGUCAAGACCCAGCAGAUCCGUAGCAGAAUCCAAAGGUGGUUUUCUCUGAAAGAAAACUAA